AUAUAUUCAUAGGGCUGUUUUAGUGCUGUAGGUCAAAGAUAAUGUGUUAUUUAUCGUGUAGCUACUUGAGCUAACCUGCGUCAGUGGCAGAAGCUAACAGGCUAGCUCACCUAAUGGUGCAGGUAGCAGGUUAUUAUUAGCCACGUCGACUGAAUACCAGACACGCUUGUAAUAAAUAUAGGCAGUGCGAAGUAGCGAUAAAACGAUAGAUGUGUUAGUAAUAAUGUAUUAAGUGAUUAAUUAGAUGAAUCAGAUUGCGUUUAGAGCUCGGUUGUUUGGCCCAGUAGGUUAGCUUCCUGUAAAGCUAGCAGCAUGUAACGCAAAGACUAGAAUAUGCUAUGAAAUGUUAUUUUUAGUGAGAUAUGUUUAUUACUUUAUCUAAGCUUGACGAUCUUAAUAAAUAUCGUGUCAGCAUUUGGUUUGAUGCAGCGUCGUCUACAAAUGACAAUCUAAAAAAAUAAAUAAAAUAAAAUUGGUAUUAACCACAUUGACACGACUGCAAACUGUAAAAGUGCAUAGUAAUCGACAAAUUAGACCCCAUCAGUCGACAGUCUCUUACUAAAUAAAUGGUGCAUUGAAUGAGGCAGCAGAAUUACAGCACCAAGCAGUGAAAGUCUGAUUGGAUAUGUGUCCUGUCUUUGUGCAAUGUUACUUUCCAGAUCCUGACUCUAGUCAAGUUUUGAGAGUUGCUCGCCACCAACCAGAUUGAAAGCUUCAACGGGGGGCUAUUAAUGCCUUAUCUCUGAGAGAAUGGGAGGAAGUGGAUCCAAAGCCAAAGGUGUCUGGCCUUUCUCAGGCAGUGGAGCUGGAGGCGACUCUGCUACUGAUGGGAAUGAACAAUCUUUGGCCCGGGUCAAAGGGUCCAGAAAUGCAACGCCUUUUGUUUUUACCAGGCGGAGUUCUUUGUACUAUGACGAAGACGGCGAUCUCGCCCAUGAAUUCUAUGAAGAGACAGUGGUGACAAAAAAUGGCAGGAAGAAGUCCAAGUUGAAGAGGAUUCAAAAAAAUUUGAUCCCACAGGGCAUUGUGAAGCUCGACCACCCGUGUAUACAUGUAGACUUCCCCAUCGUCCUCUGUGAGGUGUGAAAUGUUGCACAGGACAGAUCUUACAUGAAGUGCUGCCACAGGAACUCUUCUUAGAAAAAAGAGUGGGACCAAAGUCUUGUUCCAAUGUCAAGCAUUGUGGACAAGACUGAAACUGUGGGGUCUGAAGAGAAAAAAAAGUGAAAUUCAAUAUGACAUAUUCAACUGAUGCAUUGAAUGAAAUGUUAUACAUUUGAAUUCAGCUAUCAUCACAGGGUGCCCUGUUAUCCUAAAAUUCAUAUUUUGAUAUUCACAGAAGUAGUGAAGGUACAGGUUGUGUUUCCACUACCCAGCUGAUAUGUAAGCAGUCAUAGAGAAUACGUCAAACUGAGCUGUCUCUCUCGUGAGUUUUUUGCAGGGAAAAACAUCCUUGACGUGAAAAGGCUUUAACGAUGUAUGCCUUCUAUGAGACGUAGAGUGGUAGAAACUGUGUGUCCCUGUAUGUGUAUGUGUGUGCAGUUAGGUUCGUUUGAGUGAAUGUGCGUCAGAGGGAUGCAAGUUGUUGUUCGAGGGAAGGAUCAUGAAGGAUUGUGAAAUUUAUUGUAUAUAUCGUCACGUUCUGUAUUGUCAUGUCUGAGUCUGUCUCUUACUGAAGCUCAGACCUGCACUAGUGAACAUAAUGUACUGUACAUAAUUUCAGAUUUCUUAGUUGGAAAUACUUGAAUAAAUGGUUUAC